UCCUUCCCCCAGCUGGGUGAGAGAUGGGCGACUGGAGUUUCCUGGGGAACAUCUUGGAGGAAGUGAACGAGCACUCCACGGUCAUCGGCCGAGUGUGGCUCACAGUGCUCUUCAUCUUCCGCAUCCUCAUUCUUGGCACGGCCGCGGAGUUCGUGUGGGGGGACGAGCAGUCCGACUUCGUGUGCAACACCCAGCAGCCCGGUUGCGAGAACGUCUGCUACGACGAGGCCUUCCCCAUCUCCCACAUCCGCCUCUGGGUCCUGCAGAUCAUCUUCGUCUCCACUCCGUCGCUGGUGUACGUGGGGCACGCGGUGCACCACGUCCGCAUGGAGGAGAAGCGCAAGGAGCGCGAGGCAGAGGAGCUGGGCCAACAGGGCGACGGCGGCGAGAGGGCGCCCCUCGCGGCCGACCAGGGCAGCAACAAGAAGAGCGGCGGCAGCGGCAAAGGCGCCAAGAAGUUCCGGCUGGAGGGGACCCUGCUGAGGACCUACAUCUGCCACAUCAUCUUCAAGACCCUCUUUGAGGUGGGCUUCGUCGUGGGCCACUACUUCCUGUACGGUUUCCGGAUCCUGCCUCUCUAUCGCUGCAGCCGCUGGCCCUGCCCCAACGUGGUGGACUGCUUCGUGUCACGGCCCACGGAGAAAACCAUCUUCAUCCUGUUCAUGCUGUCUGUGGCCUCGGUGUCCCUCUUCCUCAACAUUCUGGAGAUGAGUCACCUGGGCCUGAAGAGAAUCCGGUCGGCCUUGAAGAAGCCCGCGGAGCAGCCACUGGGGGAGGUUCCCGAGAAAUCCCUCCACUCCAUCGCGGUCUCCUCCAUCCAGAAGGCCAAGGGCUACCAGCUCCUGGAAGAAGAGAAAAUCGUGUCCCACUAUUUCCCUUUGACUGAGGUCGGGAUAGUGGAGACCAGCCCACUUUCUGCCAAGCCCUUCAGUCAGUUCGAGGAGAAGAUGGGCACAGGGCCCCUCGGGGACCUGUCCAGGGCCUACCAAGAGACCCUGCCUUCCUACGCUCAGGUGGGAGCUCAGGAGGGAGCUCAGGAGGGGGAGGGGGAGGAGCAGCCGGUGGAGGAGGGGGCAGAGCCAGAGGUGGGAGAGAAAAGGCAGGAGGAGGAAAGAGUGAGCACGGAAGGGCAGGAGGUGGUGGCUGUGCUGGAGGCAGAGAAAGCGGAGACCCCCGAGGUGGGGGAGGAGGAGGCUGAGCCAGAAGAGCUGCAGCCCGAGGAGAUACCAAAGCAAGAGGUGCCGGCUGAGAAGGCGCCUUCACUGUGUCCUGAGCUGCCGGGGGAUGACUCCAGACCCCUGAGCAGGCUGAGCAAAGCCAGCAGCCGGGCCAGGUCAGAUGAUCUAACCGUAUGAAGCGGUGCCCGAGAAAGAAAGAGAAGAAAACACCCGAGCUAACAAAGGGCAAGAUGAAACCUAAAGAUGCCAACAUGAUUCGAAUCAUCUAUCCCCACCCCCCUCACUCCCACUCCGGUUGGACGGGCACUGCAGUAGAAAGCACAUGCUGUACAGCCAGGAAACUGCCUUUCUCCUGCAUAAAGGC